AAAACGGGUGUUUCCCCUUUGAUCAUAAUGGUUUAGCUAUACAAUUCAGUUUUGGUCUAAAUUUUAAGUAAUUUCAUUUCGAUUUCACGAAAUUUCUUCAAAAUUAGGAAGUACGCUGGAAACCUUUGCCGGAGGACGGUCCUCUGCGAUGUGUCUCUAUUUCCAACUACCCCAUCGAUCCUCAGAUUUCGCUGCUAUGCCCGGGAUUGCAAAAAGAAGAUGGAACCAAAACCAAAGUUCCAACUGGACCGAGGACCUUUUCUUUCUCAGCUAGACUACCAGUCCCGUCUGCAGUUCCAAGCACCUGCUUUAAGGUUACCACUCAGCGGUAUUAUAUGCACCAUCGGACCCUCAUCCAACCGACCUGAAGUUCUCCUGGAGCUCAUUCGAGCUGGGAUGAGGGUGGUGAGUAUAAAUAUGUCUCACGACAACCACGAUUGCCAUUGCCAGACGAUCCAGGCGGCUCGUAAAGCCAUCUCCAUGUACGUGGAGCAAACGGGACUACCAAGGACCUUGGCCAUAGCUCUGAACACCAGAGGUCCACAGAUCAGAACGGGAAAACUUUCCGCCAAAAUCGAACUCAAUCCCGGUGACAAGAUCACCCUGAGCAUCAACCAGAAUUUGGAGGAGACUUGCUCAAAGAAAAAAAUCUACGUAGACCAUCAGCCAUUACCAAAUAUCGUUAAGGCGGGAAAUCGUAUCUUCAUCGACAACGGAUUAAUAUCCUUAGUGGUAAAGGAAUCCACGGCUGAGGAAGUGAUCUGCCAGGUGGAAAGCGGUGGUAAGCUUGGAUCCCACAAAGGAAUCAAUCUGCCGGGUGUUCCAAUCGAUCUUCCCGCCAUAACCGAUCAGGAUAAGCUGGAUCUUAAGUUCGGGACAGAUCAGAGGGUGGACAUGAUCUUCGCGUCGUUCACCCGCGAUGCCAAGGCUGUUAGCGAAAUUCGGAAGGCACUGGGACCGUCGGGUGAACACAUAAAGAUCAUCUCCAAGAUCGAGAACCAACAGGGACUGGCGAACAUAGACGAGAUUAUCCACGAAUCCGAUGGCAUCAUGGUGGCCCGUGGUGAUUUGGGUUUGGAGAUACCCACAGAGGAUGUGCCGCUGGCCCAGAAAUUAAUUGUGGCCAAGUGCAACCAAGUGGGAAAGCCGGUGAUCUGUGCCACCCAAAUGAUGGAUUCGAUGAUAUGCAAGCCACGACCAUCCCGCGCCGAAUCCUCGGAUGUAGCCAAUGCGAUCUUUGAUGGUUUUGAUGCUUUAAUGUUGUCCAGUGAAACGGCCAAGGGAAUGUAUCCAGUGGAAAGUGUACAGUGCAUGGCCAGGAUCUGUGCCAAAGUUGAGUCGGUUUUAUGGUAUGAGAGUGUACAGAACAGCCUUAAGAGUGAAAUUCGAUUGAGUUCUAGCGAUCAAAUUUCGGCGGUUACCACGGCGAUCACAGAUGCGGCUAUGGUGGCUCAAGCUCAGGCCAUUGUGGUGGCCAGUCCGUGCUCCGUGGUAUCCCAGAUGAUCAGUCACCUGAGGCCACCCUGUCCCAUAGUGAUGCUCACUGGCUGCCAAAGCGAGGCGGCUCAAUCCUCACUCUUCCGAGGAAUUUACCCACUCCUCGUGGAGGAUAUGGUCAUCGGUAGUUUGAACUUUCAUCGCAUCAUGCAGUCGGGCCUAAUGUUAAUGGCCAAGAUGGACAUCAUAGAGCCUGGUCAAAAGGGUACGGUGGUGGUGGUCAAUGCCUUAUCAGCGGACAAGAUCACCUUUCGACUGCUAACCAUCCGACAGCCUACCACAGCUGAGAGAGAUCAGGAAGAGCUCUGCCGGAAACUGACCCUUCAGCAGCGAUGCAAGGAGAUGGCUCAAGAGGAGUCCUGCCAAAAGCUCAAGCAGGCGAAUAAAUGCCGAAGAAAACAGGAGGCGGAGAAAUACAAUCCGGCUCAAAAGUGUAUAAAAUCCGAGGAAAAACCAAGAGUCUGUCCAAAGAAAGAGUGUUCGAAGCAGGACGAUGAGGCCUUGAAAUGCUCCCGGCUUAAAAAGAAAGGCAAGCGCAAGCAGAAGCUGAGAAGAAACGGAGGGAAGAAUCUCAAAAGGCGGAAGAUUGUCGGAGAAAGCUGGCGGAAUGGUGUAAGAAAUCCGAGGAGAAGAUAGAAUGUUUGAAGAAGGACGAUAAGUUGAAAAAAGAAAGACAAGCGCAAGCACUAGCUGAGAAGAAACUGAGAGAAGAAUCUAAAAUAGCGGAAG